UUUUUUAGUCGUUCAUCUUUCGUUCGUUGGUAGUGUCGUGUCGUUUCUAAGUAAAGAUACCGAAUAAAGCGGCUUAAUCCAAACUGUGCGGUUUACCUCCUCUCUCUGUUGUUUUUGUAAAUUGAUUUUCCUCUGGGGAACGAACACCGACCGACACAGACACAGACAAAAACCUACACCUCUACAAAUAGAUUCAUAUAUUAGUUUGGUCAAGUAACUAAAAAAACAACAGCAAAAAUGUCGACAGUUGAUAAGGAAGAACUGGUCCAGAAGGCAAAAUUGGCCGAGCAAUCAGAACGCUACGAUGACAUGGCCCAGGCUAUGAAAUCAGUCACAGAGACAGGCGUUGAGCUAUCAAAUGAAGAAAGAAAUCUGCUCUCGGUUGCCUACAAAAAUGUGGUUGGUGCACGCCGGUCAUCAUGGCGCGUCAUUUCCUCCAUUGAGCAGAAAACUGAAGCCUCCGCCCGUAAACAACAGCUCGCCCGCGAGUACAGAGAGCGAGUAGAAAAGGAGCUUAGGGAAAUCUGCUAUGAAGUUUUGGGUCUCCUGGACAAAUACCUUAUUCCAAAAGCCAGCAAUCCAGAGAGCAAGGUCUUCUAUCUUAAGAUGAAGGGUGAUUAUUACAGGUAUUUAGCUGAGGUUGCCACAGGAGAUGCACGCAACACCGUUGUUGAUGACUCGCAAACCGCUUACCAGGAUGCAUUUGACAUAAGCAAGGGUAAAAUGCAGCCAACACAUCCCAUUCGUUUGGGUCUGGCACUUAAUUUCUCUGUCUUCUAUUAUGAGAUCUUAAACUCUCCAGAUAAAGCUUGCCAAUUGGCUAAACAGGCAUUCGAUGAUGCGAUAGCCGAGCUGGACACACUGAAUGAAGAUUCAUACAAAGACUCAACACUGAUUAUGCAAUUGUUGAGGGAUAACCUGACUCUUUGGACCUCCGAUACCCAGGGUGAUGGUGAUGAACCACAGGAGGGCGGUGACAACUAACCAAACAACUAAAGAAAAAAAAACCACAACAAAAAAACCAACAAGAAAAACAAAAAAUGUUUCCUUUUUGACUAUGCAAAUAUUAUUCAGUAAUACAAGAAAACAAACAAAUUAUGAUAUAAAACAAAAGAAAGAAACUUUUCAAGUCGAUAAUACAACAACAACAACAAAGAAGAAGAACAACAGCAACAACAACAACAACAUCUACAGAAGAGGAUUCACACAGCAGAGAAGAAGGAUUUUUAAAACAAAUAAAGAAUGGCGUCUAAAGGAAUAUUUAUAUUUAAAUAAAUAUGAAAUGGCAUAUGAAAGGAGAGGAGGCUAAAUAAUUGUAAUUAAAAAAGAAAGCAAAACCACAAGUCAGUUGUUGGUUCAGCUGCAAAGUCAAAGUCAGUCAUUUGUAAUUCUACCUAUGCCAUUUGCGAAAGAAAACUUCCUUUUUGCUAUGAAGGGAGAAACUAUUCUCUAAUGAAAUUAUAUAUAUAUAUAUAAAAGUAUAUAAAUCCAUGCUAUAAAUAUUCUGUAUUUGAGAAGAAAACAAAAAAGAGAAACUUAAAGCUGCUAACAAAAGCAACAACAACAACAACCAACCAGGCAGAAGAACAAUGAGAGAUGAGUGAAUUUUGUUUGCUUAGUUAAAUCACUAAAUAUUCCAAUGUUUAGGCCCGAAUCCAUCAAAAACCAAAUGCAAAAAUCAAAUCCAUCAAUCAAUGUCAAUGUCAAAAGAAGAACAACUGCAAAUAUUAACCACAACAACACAAAACAUGAACAUUUUAUUUAUUUAAGAAAUGAAAAAUUUAAUUUUUAAUUCAAUUGGAGAUAAAUGCCCAGAAGGUGUGUCCAAAAACAAGAAACAAAAAAAAAAAGGUGCAGUCAUCAGUCGUCAUCCUCCUCCUCCUUCUCUGUUUUCGUUCGUUUCCUUUUGAGAGCAGCAGAAGCAGCGGCUGGAACCAUCUGAUAAAUCAAGCGAACCAAAAGAAAACCAACCAACAACAACAACAACUCUUAUGUAUUAUUUGUAAUUCUUUUUCUAAAAACAAAUAAAACCAAAAACCUAAAAUUUUA